ACACACGUCACACAGACGCACACAAACGCGUACAUGCACUGACACACUAACACAAGCGCAUCACCACACGACACUGCCAUCACCGUCCGGUGCGAGACUUCCCAUUUCUCGUUUCUGUCCUAUUUUUUUUCAUUUCUCCUCUCCCGACUGUCUUCUUUUCCGCACAUUUUUCGCAUCACCGGCCACCACCCCCGCCAAGUCGCGCACACCAUCAGUAAACAACGCACAAGCAACCGCCCCUGAUUUCUUCAACAUGUCGUCCUGGCAAGAUUACGUCGACAAACAUUUACUGGCGUCCAGGUGCGUCACCAAAGCCGCGAUCGCCGGUCACGAUGGUAACGUGUGGGCCAAGUCCGAGGGAUUUGACGUAUCAAAAGAAGAAUUGAGCAAAAUAGCUCUAGGCUUUGAAAAUCAAGAUACAUUAACAUCUUCGGGCAUUACUUUGGCAAGUGUUCGCUAUAUUUAUCUAUCCGGCACUGACAAAGUGAUAAGAGCCAAACAAGGAAAAGUUGGGGCUCAUUGUGUGAAGACUCAACAAACUAUUGUUGUAUCAUUAUAUGAAGAUCCGGUUCAACCACAACAGGCUGCAUUGGUAGUUGAAAAACUUGGAGAUCAUUUAGUUGCCCAUGGUUAUUAAAAAAAUUAAUUAUUUACAGUGCAACGAAAAUUAUAACAUGGAGUUCAUCAAGAACAAGACUACUAUGCAAUGUUUAUUAAUUUUAUUAAUAUUAUAUAAUCAUAAAUGGAUUCUAUUUAAUAAUUUUAUUAUGAUUUAUGC